CAUCUCUUACAGAGCUGCAAGCUGGCGGACCUGAAAACAUUGUCUGCACUGUUGGAUCACAGUCUUGCCACACAGCUGAGUCUGCACAGACAUUUUGAUUCGUGUACAAGCUUGUUACAGGAUCUACUAGGAACAUGUUCACAUGUGACUGAUGGGGCAGGCUAUGGUCAGGAGUUUCAGCACUACUCAGCAAAGCUGUGUAUUCAAGUGUUGCGUAUAUAUGCACAUGAUGUGAAGUCAGCCUUCAGCUCAACCUGCAGGGAUGUGGAUGAAGCCUGUGUGACCAGCAUGAGGCAAAGCUGGAACAGAAUUCUGGCAGCAUUGAUAGCUCUCCUUGUACAG